GGUUUAUAUUUCAAUACAUUCCCACACCUCCGGCCUGGUCAUGGCUUAUUGGAAAUACGAGCUCAUAUCUCAUCGAAUCGCCGUUCGAAGAGAUGAUAGAAUGGACGCACAGAGUGCCCAACGACGGAUUAAUUCGUUACUAUAUCGUCGGCAACCUCGAGCGUGUAUUGUUGGAGCAGGAACGGAGAAUAGGCUUAUGUAAGCUGCCUGCCCAGAUGGGAGGUGGUUUCCAAACUGACUACCCGACAACUGAUUCUUCCUGUAUCUUAACCAAUUCAACACACACACAAGAGAUAGUCGAAUUCAUCAAUUUCUUCCCUUUUUAACUCGUCCGUCGCAUUUUGGUGACCAGUGCCGGGCCGGCAGAUUCCUGGCGUUUCAACAAGUAUCAAGAGAACUAGGUGGCUUGCAG